AGACGAGCCCACAGUUUCGUCGCCUGAAAGCGCCCGCCGUUUGAGCUUGCAUCAUUUUUCACAAAAACCAACUCCCCCGAUCAAAGUUUCAGAAGGCUACUCUCUACUCUGCACCUAACUCUCCCUCUGAAAGCGAUUACAGGAGACAUGGAUUCUGUGUUUGGGAACGUCGUUCAAGCUCCCGAAGAUCCUAUUUUAGGGGUAACUGUUGCUUAUAACAAGGAUCCCAGCCCAAUCAAGUUGAAUUUGGGCGUGGGUGCGUACAGGACUGAGCAUACCAUAUACAUUCCGCAGCCAACCUGGGGAAACCACCCAAAAGUUUUCAUGAUGGCUGGGUUAUCUGUGAAGUCAUACCGCUACUAUGAUCCAGCAACUCGUGGGCUGGAUUUCCAAGGUUUGCUAGAGGAUCUUGGUGCAGCACCUUCAGGAGCCAUAGUGCUUCUUCAUGCAUGUGCUCACAACCCAACUGGUGUGGAUCCAACUGUUGAGCAAUGGAAGCAGAUAAGGCAAUUGCUAAGAUCAAAAGGGCAUUUGCCUUUUUUUGACAGUGCUUAUCAGGGAUUUGCAAGUGGUAGCCUUGAUGCUGAUGCACAGUCUGUGCGCAUGUUUGUUGCAGAUGGUGGUGAAUGCCUUACAGCUCAAAGUUUUGCAAAAAACAUGGGACUUUAUGGGGAGCGUGUUGGUGCACUAAGCAUUGUCUGCAAGACAGCAGAUGUUGCAACAAAGGUUGAGAGCCAAUUGAAGCUUGUCAUUAGGCCUAUGUACUCUAGCCCACCUAUUCAUGGUGCAUCUAUUGUGGCCACCAUUCUCAAGGACAGUGACAUGUAUAAUGAGUGGAAGGUUGAACUGAAAGCAAUGGCAGAUCGGAUUAUUAGCAUGCGCCAUCAGCUGUUUGAUGCUUUAAGUGCUAAAGGCACUCCAGGUGACUGGAGUCACAUUAUCAAGCAGAUUGGAAUGUUUACUUUCACAGGACUGAACGGUGAUCAAGUUGCCUUCAUGACCAAAGAGUAUCACAUUUACAUGACAUCUGAUGGGAGGAUUAGUAUGGCAGGUCUUAACUCUAAGAAAGUCCCUCAUCUUGCAGAUGCUAUACAUGCUGCAGUCACCCGUACCUCUUAGUCAGAUUACAUAAAGCAAGGACUUUUGUAUUUUAUAGUCUGCCUUGGCAUGACAGUUUUUGCACUUCUCCUCAGGAACUUGGAAUUUAAAUGCCAGUUUGUUUAACAUAUUUUAUGCUUUUAACUCAUGUUUUUUAUAUAAAGAACUUGCCUUCAUCAAUACUAUUGACCGUUUCCUUGUUUGCCUGUUUGCCUGUUUGGUCUAAGCUAAUUUCAUAGAUUCUGUGAAUAGAUCAUUUGGAGAAUU